AUGAUAUUCACGAUUGGGACAAAUGAAGAGCUAGUUGCAACACAAAAAGACGUAGAAGAGGUGGAAAAAACGACGAUGGACGGCGAGAAGAACCGCGAGAUGACUCCAGAAAAGGGAAUCCAAUUUGAAAUAAAGCAAAGCAGAAAGGCGAAGAAGAGAAAAAUGGCUGAAGAAAAUGAGGCUGAGGGGAGCUUCGAAUUACAUGAUUCUCUAGACAAGGGAGGAAAGGAUCGUGAAGAAGAAGAGAUGGAACGAUUGAAGAAGGAACUAUAUCAAGAAAGACGAAAGAAGGAAGAUUUGGUGAGGGAACGUAUAAGGUUGGAAAGGCAAAAUGAGAAACUUGUAAUUAAGAACGAUCAUCUAAGAAGAAAGCAAGCGGAGAACAAUGCAAAAAGAGGAAAAUAUGCUCCGGAAGGAGCAUUAGCGAUUGGAGGAUGUCGCGAAUACCGGCAAGAAAGAAAGGAGCGAGGGAAAAAAAAUUAA